CAAUUUUUUUUAGGGAUAAAAGCCAUAUCCAAUUCCCCAAAGUGAUCGCCACAUAUCAAUUAUCACGUUGAAAAAAUAGAAAUGAUUACUACCGAAUUCCAAACACAAUAUCAGUAAAGGCAAAACUCCUCUGUAAUGGCGGUCUUUACGCUGACACCAAACAUAGCUACACCAGCUUUCCAGCCAUUGACUCCAAAGCCCACCUCCUCCAACUUCAGAGUAUCCGCAUUAUCACCAACAAACCCUGAAGUAUCCACCAUUUCAACCACCAAGAAACGAUUUUGCCAAGUGGGAUUGGGGCUUUUGGCUGCUUCAGUUGUGGGUUCAACUCCAUUGGAUGCCAAUGCCACCAGGAUUGAGUACUACGCCACUGUGGCCGAUCCCCCUUGUGAGUUCAGUUAUGCUCGCUCCGGCCUUGGAUAUUGUGAUAUUGCUGUUGGCUCUGGUCCUGAGGCUCCUUUCAAUGAACUUAUCAAUGUUCACUACACAGCAAGGUUCGCUGAUGGGAUAGUUUUUGACAGUAGCUAUAAACGCGGUAGACCACUUACCAUGCGCAUUGGUGUUGGAAAGGUGAUAAAGGGUUUGGAUCAAGGAAUUUUUGGAGGGGAAGGAGUACCACCAAUGCUAAUAGGUGGGAAACGCAAGCUUCAAAUACCUCCAAAUCUGGCUUAUGGGCCCGAACCAGCAGGCUGUUUUUCAGGUGGUUUUCAUUUUCUUAUAUUCUACCCAUUAAAGGGCAUUAGAACUGUUGGGUUAAUUUGAUCUAUUAUCUGGCUGUAAAAGAUCAGAAAAGGUCAGAUGUAUGCGUUUGCUUAGUGCUGCUGAUAUAUGCUGCCAGAGGAAUAUGGAAUUUCCCAUACAAUCAUCACUAUGAAAUUAUGAUCUCCAAAUUCAUCAGAUAUGGUUUAAAUUAGGAUUAUUCUCUCUUCCUCAUUGUUCUGACACCAGUACUUUUAAAUUUUCAGGUGAUUGCAAUAUUCCAGGAAAUGCAACCCUUGUAUAUGAUGUGAAUUUAGUAGAGAUCUAUAAGGGAAACAGGAAAUGAAAGAUGUAUAAUUUGUGACAAAGUUGCACUCUGAACUAUCAAGUAAGUUUUCUGAAAUGUAUGCUAAACCAUUCUUUUUGUUACUCUAAUAAAAAGAUUGGUUGCUGUCAUUUAGCAAGGUUGUUUUUUGAUUAAAAUGACUAAAGUUCUGGAUAUUCUGUUAAACUUUCAAAUCCUGUAUCGCUAAUUAGGUUGAUGCUUUGAUAUUACAAACUGUUAGAUCCCAGGAAUAAUCCUGAAACUAAACAAGAGAAAUAGACUGGCAUUGUCCUUGUAAAAGCUCUCCUACAGAAGAAACUAACAUCACAUACAGAAUGUACAUGGAAUUAUCCUGCUGAAGUAACUUCGAGGAUUAGUGAAAAGGCUAAAAGCUUCAGGCAGAUGUUUUCAUAGUUAUUAAUUUUGUAAAAACUAUAGUUUCUGGAAUGAUCUACCCAAAACUUUGGGAAUCUGGCUAAAGUUAAUUUCUUGUACUUCCUACUGGAUACCUGAGUUGGUUGGGCUUCUAAGCUCAAGCUCAUCAAAUGUUUAGAAUAAUGAAGCUAUACAUCUUCAACUCUGCUUUGAACUACUCUGCUCCAGUAUUCCUGUGAUUGCAUGUGUUGAUUUCCAGCAAUACUAACAUCAAGAUAUGUUUCAGUUUUCGCUACAUCCAGCCAACAAAUGACACUGUUUUGUUACUAAAUUAUGCUGUUAAAUUAUAUCUGAAUUUCUACGGCUUAUGUCUGCAGAACAAGUCAUCAUGACAAAUCUGUUGUCUGUCUAAUGAUCCACCUGCGAAGAAAACAAUGGCAAAGUACUUAGUGCCUUCUGGAAAUGGCUUGAAUACAUCUUGGAUCAUUGAUCACUUCUCCCAUACAGAAUCAAGAUAUGUAGAUUGCAAUGUAAAGAUGAUAUUAAUCGCCCAUGUGAUGGUUCUAACAGGAGCACUAUCCUCUUUCCCUCUUUUCUGCCGAGUUGCGCAGACUAUUCUCAUCAUCUUUCUGAUAAAUCUUAUUCGAACUUAUGGCCUAAUUUGGAAUCUCGAAUUUCCGAUUGGUUUCAGUGUUAGGACAUGAAGCUGGUGAUACAAAGUAGGAAUAAAGUCUUCAUGAGUUAAUGCCCUAAAUUGUGGUUAUCGUUUUAAUUUUUACAAUUGAGAAUAGCUAGGUUGCAAGUCAAAAUCGAGUAGCCAAUCUAAAUCAUAGUACAUAAUAUACUUUCUUACUGAUCGUUGGAACUUCGAUUGUUCUUUUUUUUUUUUCCCCCUGGAAAAACCCCCAAUUGUUCUGGAAUUUGAAUGGUAAUCGAAAUUCGCCAUUUAUACAAAUUAGUCUAUGUUGAGUCCCUGAAUUUCCAAAUUUCUGGAUCAAGUUCUCCAGCUUCGUGAUUGGAAGACAUCCAGGCAAAGAGGCACAUAGUUCAGUUAUAAGGUAUGAGGGAGG